AAAUAAAACAUCAAGUUUAGUUAUAUUUUUUUAAUUGCGUCUAUUUGUCCUUAAAUUUUGCUUUAUUAUGAUCUCGUUUAAAUUUUCUUUGUUAUUUUUCGUACUGUGAUUUGCAUUUUAUAUUACUUGUUUCUUGGUCAAAUGAGUGGGUUCCAAUUUUAGUUUCGAAGCCAAGUAUCAACAACAUAAACAAUUAAUGGAGUCUUCAGAUAAUAGCAAUAAACCUGAUAGUCCUCACAACGAUCUGAGCAGUGAAAAAAGUGAUAGCACUGAAAGUAACAGUGAUGAUAAUGUUGGUGCUGAUGGUAGUAAUAGCAGUUCACCAUCUGAAUAUGAAGAGGAAGGAUUCUUCGUUCAAAAUUAUACCAUCAAUCCUGAAUGGAAGGACAUUUCACCGGUAAUACCUGACCCAUACGAAGCCAAAGUACUUGGUAUACCAUAUACAAUCAAAUUCCGGGAAGCUCAUGAAUAUUUUAGGGCAAUAUUCAAGAAAAAUGAACUAUCUGAAAGAGCCCUAAAAUUAACUGAAGACUGUAUCUCUUGGAAUCCUGCUAAUUCAACUGUUUGGGUAUUCCGCAGAAAAUGUUUAUUAGCUUUGGGUAAAAAUUUAGUCGAGGAAUUAAAUUACCUAAAUGACAUAAUUGUUGACCAUUCUAAAAAUUAUCAAGUUUGGCAGCAUCGAAGAUGGAUUAUUGAGCUAUUAGCUGAUCCGCAGACAGAAAAAGACUUCACAGAUAGACUCUUUAAGCAAGAUGGCAAGAACUAUCAUGCUUGGCAAUAUCGUCAAUGGGUAAUUUCACAUUUCCAAUGGUGGGAUGGUGAACUGGAAUACACCGAGGAACUAAUAAAAGAAGAUUUACGGAACAAUUCCGCGUGGAAUCAUCGAUAUUUUGUGCUAAAACGUACAAAGCAGUUGCAAAAUAAUGAAAUCAUCGAAAAUGAAGUUGCCUUUGCGAUUGAAAAUAUUUUGAAAGUCCCAGAAAAUGAAAGUCCAUGGAACUAUUUAAGAGGCGUUUUAGCUGGUGUAGGUUUGAACAAAUUUCCCGAGAAAACUAAAGUGUUUGAAAAUGUCACAAGUGUACAUUGUUUUUCUUUUCGAAUCGACGCCAUGGAAGAGUUAUUGAGAGAUCAAGACAUGAAAGAUCAGAUGGUUGUUCAAAAGAUUCUGGAGUUAGUAGAAAAAUUAUCUACCGAAAUGGAUGUUAUCAGAUCUCAAUACUGGUUGUUUAUUGGAAGGACUAUUUCUGAGAAAUAUGGAACGAAAAAAGAUUAAUGAUAGAUUAAUCUUUGCCUUUUUUCACCUCAUUCUUUUCUUUGUGAUAUCUACUAUUUUUAAUCAGCAAAUCAGAAUUUCAAUCGAUUACAAGUUUUGAUUGUCUUCAUGUUUUUCAAUGCUUAUAUUGAACAUGUUUAACAUUGUCCUUAAC